AUGUCCAACUCUAAGAGUUUGAUUCCGCUAUGCAAUGCAGUACAUCAAAGAAUAUUGAGUGUUCGCUCUUUAGUAAUUCCGAGAAAGAUAAGAACAUACACAGAAUCGGAAGAAAUAGAAAAGAAAAAACCAGUAGGAGAGUUUCGUGUUUUUGAAAUUGACGGUGUGGUUCCAAGAAGAGAUGGAGAUCGACCCAAGAGGACCAUCAGAGAAAAAGAGAUACCACCACCAAGAUAUAAAUCAAUGCCUAUAGAUCAAGAUUGGACUAGAGUAUGGCCGACAGCUGCUUCCUUUAAUUAUUCUAAAAUACCAUUUCCAGUUCGGCAAGGCUACGUACAUAAAAAUGAAAACAGUGUGUCGAUACCAGAAAGAUAUGCUAAUAUUGAAUUACGCAAAAUACCCAACUUUCUUCAUCUUACUCCAGCUCAUGUCAAAAAACAUUGUCAAGCCAUUAAAAAAUUCUGUACUCCCUGGCCUAAAGUUUUAAAUACAGAUGAGAAAUGUCACAAAUUAUUUCCGAUCACAGUGAAAACACGAGAAUAUUGUUUCUCUGGGUCCACAUUAUCUGAUGAACGUGCUCGAAUUGUUACAUUACAGGUGAAAUUGAGCGCAUUAAAGUUGGACUACCAUGGAGAAGAUAAGAUUAAAAGGUUAUUAGGAGAAAGAUACAACCCUGUUGAUGAUAUUAUAACUCUUACCACAAACAGAUGUCCCCUGAAGAAACAGAACUAUGACUAUGCUAUGUAUUUACUAACGGCCUGUUAUUAUGAAGCUAAUAAAACAGAACCGUGGGAGUUAGAAAAGGCUGAUGAAGAUUUAGAUAAAUAUUACUGGGAUAGAAGUCAAUCUAAACACAAUAUUGUACAAUUACUUCAUAAAGUUCACUUGACAGAUCAGGGAAAGAAUAUCCUUGAUGAUGUGGAAUCUACCAACCCUGAUGAAGAAUUCACAGAGGAAUGUCUAAAAACAUCAGAUGUAGCAGCUUACUCUGAGGCUGUGACAGACUUACAUAACGAGGGGGAAAAUAUUAUAACAAUUAACAAUUAUAAAAACAGUGUAUUAAAUAUAUUAAAUAUUAGAACUGAUAGUAAACAGUGAUUAUGGAUUAUAGUGUUACGAUAAAUAAAUUCAUUCAUUCAAU